CAGGCUCCAGAGUUUCCUAUUUUGGAGAAGCAGAACUGGUUGAUACAUCUUCACUAUAUACGGAAGGAUUAUGAAGCAUGCAAGGCUGUUAUCAAAGAGCAGCUUCAGGAGACUCAGGGGUUAUGUGAAUAUGCUAUCUAUGUCCAAGCAUUAAUAUUUCGCCUGGAAGGAAAUAUCCAAGAAUCCCUAGAACUCUUUCAGACGUGCGCUGUUCUCAGCCCUCAGUGUGCUGAUAACCUCAAGCAGGUGGCCAGAUCUUUAUUUCUUUUGGGAAAACAUAAAGCUGCCAUUGAAGUAUAUAAUGAAGCAGCUAAACUUAACCAGACAGAUUGGGAGAUCUGUCAUAACCUAGGAGUUUGCUACAUUUAUCUGAAACAGUUCAAAAAGGCGCAAGAGCAGCUGCACAAUGCCCUACAUCUUAACAGGCAUGAUUUGACUUACAUAAUGCUGGGGAAGAUCCACCUGCUGGAGGGAGACUUGGACAAGGCCAUUGAAAUCUACAAGAAAGCAGUGGAGUUCUCACCAGAGAAUACAGAACUUCUUACGACUUUGGGAUUACUCUACUUACAGCUCGGCAUUUACCAGAAGGCAUUCGAACAUCUUGGAAAUGCACUGACCUAUGACCCUACCAACUACAAGGCCAUUUUGGCAGCAGGCAGCAUGAUGCAGACCCACGGGGACUUUGAUGUUGCCCUCACCAAGUACAGAGUUGUAGCUUGUGCCGUUCCAGAAAGUCCUCCACUCUGGAACAACAUCGGAAUGUGUUUCUUUGGCAAGAAGAAAUAUGUGGCAGCUAUCAGCUGCCUGAAACGAGCCAACUACUUGGCACCCUUUGAUUGGAAGAUUCUGUAUAACUUGGGCCUUGUCCACUUGACAAUGCAGCAGUAUGCGUCAGCUUUCCAUUUCCUCAGCGCGGCCAUCAACUUCCAGCCAAAGAUGGGGGAGCUCUACAUGCUCUUGGCUGUGGCUCUGACCAAUCUGGAAGACCCAGAGAACGCCAAGAGAGCCUACGCGGAAGCCGUCCGCCUGGAUAAGUGUAACCCGUUAGUAAACCUCAACUAUGCUGUGCUGCUGUACAACCAGGGCGAGAAGCAGGGUGCCCUGGCUCAGUAUCAGGAGAUGGAGAAGAAGGUCCACCUGCUGCAGGACAGCAGCUCUCUGGAAUUUGACGCCGAGAUGGUGGACAUGGCCCAGAAGCUGGGAGCUGCCCUCCAGGUCGGGGAGGCACUGGUCUGGACGAAACCAGUUAAAGACACCAAGUCAAAGCACCGGACCACUUCAACUAGCAAAGCUGCCAGUCUCCAGCAGCCUCUGGGCUCUAAUCAAGCCCUAGGACAGGCAAUGUCUUCAGCAGCUGCAUACGGGAAGCUCCCCUCAGGUGCUGGAGGAACAUCCCAUCUCACAAAGCCACCAUCUCUGCCUCUGGAGCCACAGCCCACUGUGGAAGCACAUCCAAAUGAAGCAUCUGCACAAAUAAGAGAAAAAUAG